UAUGUAACAAGAUAAAAGUAAAAGAGAAUUUAAAAUACUAAUUGGUUUUACAGGUUCAGUAGCAUCUAUUAAGGCUGAAUAAUUAAUAAAAGAUAUUCAGAAAUAAUUCAAAGAUAAUAAUUGUUAAACUACAAUAAGAAUAAUUACUACACAUAAUGCAUAGAAAUUCAUGAAUCCAUAAAUAACAGAUGUUGAACACUUUACGGAUGAAGAUGAAUUUAAAACUUGGAAAUAAAGAAAUGAUCCAGUGUUACAUAUAGAAUUGAGAAAAUGGGCAGAUUGUUUUUUGAUUGCUCCUCUUUCAGCUAAUACAAUGGCAAAGAUUGUAAAUGGGUUAUGUGAUAAUCUAUUAACAAAUGUAGCUAGAGCUUGGGAUUAUAAAAAGCUAAUGAUUUUAGCUCCUGCAAUGAAUACAAUGAUGUAUGAUAAUCCAAUAACAGGAAAACAAAUUAAAAAAUUAUAAAAAAUGGGUGCCUUUAUAAUCGAUUCAAUUUGUAAGACUUUGAUAUGUGGUGAUAUUGGAAAAGGAGCUAUGGAAGAGACAAAUAAAAUAUCUUGUAUUGUCUAUCAACAGUUAGUUUCUACACUUAGUUGA